AUGUGUAACAAGCUCCUCCAGACCUACGCCUGCGGGCACUCAAAGAGCAUCUGCACAACGCCCUGCCUCCACGCACUCGAGUCCACUCAGGCUACCGCCAGCCUGACUCCAUCCACGGCCACAGUCAUUCGCUUGAACUCAACGGUAUCCUCCAUCAACCCAGACUCACGCUUGCCUUCAAGGAACUUCUCGCGCCCUCAUCUGAGCAGCCGGUCGCCUCUGCGCGUCACCAAUAUCCCCUCCGCUACAUUGUCGCCCACACAUGUCCCAGCAUUCCGCUUCAUCCCGCCCUCGACACCGUCCCCCACAUCCCCCGUCUCACCUCUCUCACCAUCCUUCGCCAGCUCCGCACCACCCAGCAGAUUACCAUCACCAUCGCCAUCUCCUUCCAGCGUAGCGAGGGAGCAGGAAGUCGAGCCUACAUUCUGUAGCUACUUCAUUCCGCGAUACCUCAUGACGAGCAAGUAUCCGUGCAUUGAAUGCUAUAGAAAGGGUGAGUGGGAGGCGCUCAGGGCGCGGUGGAUGGAGAACUAUCGGUUGGGGCAUCCGUUGGACAAGGUCGAGGACAUUGAGGUUCUGGAGUGGUGUCGGGUGUGCUUGGGCGGGGCGCAUGCGAGGCGUCGAUGA